CCGGACGAAGCUGGCAGAGAUGGCCAAUCUCGCCGUCUCUCUGUCCUUACUGGUGGGAAUUGUAGGUUUUAGCGAGGUGGCGAGAAGGACAGCUUCAUAUCUAUUCCCAAAUCGUAACUGGAUCACCUAUGUGCUGGAGUUUAUUUCCACUUUUCAGUUGUGCGCGUGCACGCACGAGUUAGUUCUGCUCGCGGAAGUGGGCGGACUGGAGCCGCAGAUCGGACUUACCCUCACGUACCUCAUCUCGGUGAUCCACAUGCUUUCUUUCCACGGUGCGAUCUGUAGCCCCACCGGCUCUCUGGAGCUGCUCUCCCGCGGGACUCUCACGCGCAGACGCGCAUUGGCACAGAUUUCAUGCCAGAUGCUCGCGGCUGUGGUGGCACGGCUAGUGAUGCCUCGCCUGUGGUCACUGGCGCUCUCUGACCUGCAUGAACUGCACACACUGAUGGACUUUAAAUGCACGAACAGCCCCAUUCAUGUCCCUCUGCUGCAGGCCGCCGCGGUGGAGCUGAGCUGCGCGUUUGUAUUCCACUCUGCGCUGUCCAACCAGGACAAAGUGGAGGAGAAAUAUCAGGUUCAUGCAAUAGCCGCUGUCAUCACCAUGUUAGUCUAUGCAGGUGGACAUCUCACCGGAGCUGUGUUCAACCCAGCACUGGCAUUCUCAAUACUCUUCCACUGUCCUGGAAACACUUUCGCAGAGUAUGGUUUUGUGUACUGGAUGGGACCAAUAUUAGGUAUGACAGGCUCUCUGCUUCUUUUUGACAAAGUGAUCCCAGCCAUUUCAGGAAAAAGCACAACUCCAAAGCACCAAACCUCUAAUGGACUCGAGGAGAAAAAGAUGAAUUAA